AAAACCCAAUGUAAUUACUGGCAACCGAUCAACAAGCAUCUAAUAAAAUUAUUCAAACCAUUUCCUCAACUGGAGAUUGUCCGCUUCUUCAAGACGAGAACUCCAGAAAUAAGAUGAAGAAUCCAAAAACAGAUCCGAUUGGAGAAGUUUCAAAUCAAACUUUUAAAGAAGUGCAAAAUUUUCUUUUAGUUCUGAGCGAGAGAGAGAGAGAGAGAGAGAGAGGUAGAGAGAAAUAAAAAUGAUCCGUUGACUUAAUAUGUAGUUUUAAUGUUCAUAAUGAACCAAAUUCUUAUCACAAUAGCUCUAUGAUGAUUUGAUGAAAUCAUCUAAAUCACCAUUCCACUCGUUUCGUGUUGAGUGCGAUAGACAGUUGUAUGAAACCGGCCAUACAUGAGUUGAUUUUUCUCUUUUCUACAACAAUUCGUGUGGCAUUUCGAUGUGAAAAUCACGUUCAAUGUCAUAAAUAACGGUGUUUCCGCACUAAAAAUGAUGGCCGAGCUUGGUUUCUACUUGAAACGAUUAGGCCGACGUUAAAAACUAAAUUGUUUUUGUAUGGUUUUUUUUUCUCGUUUUGCAACUUUGUGUAGAAAUGAUAUCGCGCCGUUGCUUAAAAGUGGCUCGAGCUUAAGAGAAAUGGAUAAAAAUACAAAGUGAAUAAAAAUUGAGUGCAAAAGAUCAUUUGUGUUAUUUUAAUGAGCGAUUACAAGCACACACGAAAAAGUGCUUUUGUUGAUUGUGCGGUUGUUUGGCUCUCAUGUUUGUCUUGUGCUGCUAUUUUUGUUUCUUCUUCGCCUUCUUUUCUCUCACUCUCUGUGUUUUUUUCCUCUGGCGUCAGGUAAUAAUUAAUCACUCUUAAUGGCAUUCAGUGCGAUUAGCGGUGUUGUGUUCUUGAGCAAAAGAAUCUGGAUGGGGAAAAUGUUUAUCUAUAUGCAUCAUGUAUGGUGCAGUGGAAUCGAUUCACGCGAUCGCCACACUGUUGUUUCGCUACAAAUUUCCACGUGACUGUCACUGUUCGUUUUCCAUCAUUUUGUUUCUUUCAGAUUACGAUCCAUUUUGAAGCAUAAAUGAUAUAUACGGAAAAAAGGGCGCAACACAUCUACACAAAGUCGAAGAAAAUUACAGCGAUAUUUUCUGUUAAUCUUUUUUGAUAAUAAUUUCUUGGAAAUGUGCAUUUCGGCGAAUGAAAGAAAUGAAAAACUUUCUUUGCCGGUUUUCCAUUGCAUCUAACGUUGGUUUUUGUAGUUGGGCUGUAGUUUGGACGAUGCCCGUGUUCACAUCAUCCUAUCUCGGUUUUCGCUUCGUACACUCAACUCUCUCGGCCAAAUGAGUUCACUCAUGCACACACGAGAACGAUAAACCGUGUGCAAACAUCACUCUGCACGCUGGCUCAUUCGAAAACACAAAAUUGCAAUAAAAUCAUAUACACAGCGCCUACCCUGAUAGCAGCAACAGCAGCUAUCACAGUUACAAUACGAAAUAGAUACCAAAAAUCUCAUUUCUCAUUUUUCAAACAAACGCAAAUAGACUUGAUACUCCGCACUCUAUUGUUUUGUAUAUCAAAAGUUGCACUUCGAAACGAACGACCGAGCGAACGAUCGCAAAAACCAAAAGAUAGUAGUUUUGUUUUACACAUUUGAAAAAUGACACAUAUCGCAUGUGAGUGUGCAGCAGUGUCUCUUCUUAGCGCACGCAUUACGUACGCCGAAAAAUAACAAACAAAUUCUCGGCAGUCGAAAUGAGUUGAAACGUUAAAUGUCGACACUUAUCACGGGCCAAUCACUGAGUCAUUGGGUUUCAGCACAGAAAAUCCAACAGUUAUUCGCUUGUCGACGGCGGGGCAAAUUUUCUGAGAUUUUAUUUCUUAACACACAACAACCGAAUUCGUAUCAGAUAAAAAAAAACACACAAUUUUCUUCAUAAUUGUUGGAAUCGUCUUACGUCGACGUUGGCGCGGGUUGGUGUCACGAUAUGUGCGUGUUUUGUGCACAGAGUGCAUGCCGCCACGCUUGUAUGUGUCGGUUUCGGUUUUUUUGUUUGUGUCAAAUUCGCAUCUCAUCGUUUAGCCGUCUCCGUCGCGUGAAUUGUCACUUGAGUCAUGUGUUUAUUUUUUGAAUUUUUUUUUCUAUCGCGCGUAUUGUGUUUGAAAAAUUGAACAAAGAAGACAGAAGCGAACAAGAGAAAAAAAAAUUAAAUAUCUCUCUGCCGCUGAUUAUUAUACGACAUCGUAGACUUAUUGUUGAAUUACUGGAGUCAUCGCAGCCACUUUAGUUGUAUAUGAUUUGCGUAUUAUCACACGAAGAACUUGAAAUCAACAUUCCCAUUAAACAUAUACAUUACACGCAAAAAUAGCUACGUUCAACUACACACACACACAUACACAUCAACGAAAGCAACAAAUUUGUUAACAAGCUGGAUUUUUAUUUUGUUCACAUUUUUCUGAUAUAGUUUUUUCCUCUCUAUUUGUUCCGUUUUGUUGAAAUUAAAAAUUGUUAUUGCUGUGACUGUACCACGUUGUUAUUAAUUUGCGUAGGGUCGUGAACAUGGUCGAAUGCUUAGAAUCAACGGCCUGGGUGAACAAUCGUACAAUCAUGAUGUUUCCGAUUGUUUCGUUUGAAAUUCGCGUACAAGCGCCCGUGAAUAGCGAGGCAAAUGCCCGGCGGAUAAAUAUGGUGGAGAGCUGCUUCGGCAGUUCGGGUCAUCCAUUGAAAGUUGUUGGACGUGUGCUGGUUGGUGAGGGUGUUCUCACGAAAAUGUGCCGCAAACGGCCAAAAGCUAGACAAUUUUUUCUAUUCAACGAUAUUUUGGUGUAUGGCAACAUAGUGAUCAGUAAGAAGAAAUACAACAAACAGCACAUCAUACCAUUGGAAGAGGUACAGCUGCAAGGGCUAGAGGAUAAUGGACAAUAUCGAAAUGGAUGGCUUAUCAGAACAGCAACCAAAUCAUUUGCUGUAUACGCAGCCACGAGCACAGAGAAACAGGAAUGGAUGGCUCACAUAAAUAAGUGCAUAGAGGAUUUAUUGAGAAAAAGCGGUAAGAAACCGGUCGAGCAUCAUGCCGCUGUUUGGGUACCGGAUAACGAGGCAAACGUUUGCAUGCACUGCAAAAAAACUCAAUUCACAAUGCUUGUGCGAAGGCAUCAUUGUCGAAAUUGUGGGGCCGUGGUGUGUGGACCAUGCUCAUCGAAGAAAUUCUUGCUACCACAACAGAGUACAAAGCCAUUGCGCGUUUGUUUAGACUGCUUCGAUUCACUGAGCCAAUCGAAGAACGAAGCGACGAAAAUUAUCCCGAAUGAAAAAUCAAACAAUAACACUGCGGAUAGCUCAGCAGAAGACGAAUCGGAUGACGAAGAAGAGCAAAAGGAAGCCCACGACGAACCGAAAUUCUAUGGUGAUGCCGAUAAAAACUGAUUAACCGCAAAAAAGGUGCCGGACCCGAAGAAACGCUCGAAAUUGGCAAAGCCGAAAUUAAGUAGAUGAUCAACGUAAAUAAUUCCAGCACCAAAACAACAAGAACAGUCGAUCGAAAGAAAUCAAAUAGAGAAUAAUUUUUAGUGAAUUCAAUAAAUGGAAAACAAAUCACGAAAGCCAAUCAAGUUACAGAGACACUUUUAAACAAAGCAUUCGAAAAGAAAAAAGAAAUGAAAAUGUUGCAACUAGAUUUCGAACGAAGAAUGCUGUAAUCGUCUUACAUCAUAUUUUAAAACAUGUGGCAUACAAUUAAGAUCUGGAUGAGUGAAAUUGAGAGGAAAAAAACAGAAUAAAUCCUUUGGAAUAACAAAAAAAAUGUGUAUAUCAUCGAAGAAAAGCGAAGUAAAAAAAAAGACAAGUCUCUGCCGGCAGAAAAUAAAUCGAUAUAUUUCUUCUCUUCAAUCACACCAAACAAUUCAAGAAAAAAUCGUUGUUUUAUUGGCGUGUGUAACAAUAUUUUCUUCACAUGCAAACAGCCACACACACACACACACACACACACGCGCGCGCGCGCUCUGCUCACAUACAAUUCUGCGGUCAUCCUAUUCCGAUUAAUCUGAAAUGGUUUCAAAGCGAAAUGAUUGUGAUUUCGGAUUAUUUAAUUCAAUUCCUCAGAAUUUCUUAGUCUACUUUACUGUAGAAAAUGGCCGCAAGGUCGAUCUCCGGAAUCAAAAUUUUUCUUUCAUUGCGUUUUGAAUCGAUUCCGAUUGCUUGGGAUACAAUAUCAGCAGCAUUCUAUGCAAAUCCGCUCUAAAUUAACCUACAUUUCUACGAAACUCUUAUGAUAACAUUAGCAUAUGUCUCCUAUCUAAAAAGAAACAAAUGAAGCAAAACCGAAUCACAAUUCUGCCAACGACCUAAAAUCAAAAUAAUAACCACACCAGUCUGUCCACAAUGAAAAAAAGAAAAACACGUUUGAAUUAAAAAUCGCAUUUUUUUUACCAAGAAAAUGCGAACAAACAAACAUAGGAAUACAUAUAUCAUACACUCUAUAAAAUCGAAUGUACCAUCAUCAUUGAAAUAAUUUUUCUGUUUUCUGACUUUUCAUUUGGAUGUUUGUUUUUUUUUUAAAUUCAAAACAUGUUGUUUUUUUAACAAUCACAUAUUCGUCAUUUUUAAGCCGCAAUCAUCGUUAUAUUUUAAAUUCGUAUAUCUUAAUGAAGAAAAUUAAUUGCGAGAAAAUGAUAAACAAAAAUCCCAUAAAACGAAGCCGAACAUAACGAAUCGAAUAAUAACACGAGAAUAAUAGGUAAAUUUUAUCAAAAAAAAGAGUGAAAAAGGAAAAAACAAAGCAAAGAUUCAUGGCAAACCAGAAGAUGUAUAAUUUGAAUGGUGAGCAAAGGAACCCAUGCGAUAAGAAUUGAUGAAUCGCCUCAAAUGCACAUCGAAACCACGAUCAAAAUCGAAACAAAAAACAGGCAAAUAAUCAUUGUUUCUUCUGCACAUUGGUUAAAUGUUGUUAAAUUGUUUUUCCUCUGCAAUCCGAAGGGAAAAUGACAGAAAUGUUUUAUUGAAAAUAGAAAAUGUGGCAAUAUUUAAGAUUGUUUCUUUUUUUCAAUUGUUAAUUGAUUUGCGCACCUGACAAAUGACAUGAAUUCGUUCGUAUCAAAUGGAAAUGGAUGUGAAGAAAAAUGUUUGAACAUUUGCGUUUGUUGCAAUAAUUAUUCAAAAGGAAUCAGUAUUACAUGUAAAGGCAAAGAAAUGUAAAGAUUUACAAGAGAAAUACUAUCAUUUUUAACGGAGAAAAGAAAAGAAAGGAAAAAAACUGAAUGCCAAAAUUUAUCAAAAUCAUAUUUCGGUGCACAUUUUUUUUAAAAAAGAAGAAGAUAAUAUAUAUAUAUAUAUAUAUAUAUAUAUAUCGCUCUGGACACACGUCAUUUUAAGAAACAUAGCCCUAACUUUUUAACGAGAAAUGCAACAAACAAACACUUUUAAGCUAAACAAUAUGGAAUACCACAUUUUUCCUACACAAUACAACAACAACAAACAAAUAGAGUGUAAUUAGAGUAUAUUUGAAACAA